AUAAACAUGAUUCCUUUGCUGGUCUUGAUAUAAGGUUCUUACAUUUAUUUACAUCUAUAAUUUUUAGUUUUUAUUGGUAAUCUUCUUUAUCUCAUUCUGUAUUCACCAUGAAGAUAUGAUAAGACAUUGAAGGUGAGAAAGACUCUAGUUUAAUUAUUUUUAGUCUUUUCUUGUUUUGUGUUCUCAUUAAAUAAGCUCAAAACAAUAUGACUUUGUCGAUAAACCAGCCUAUGAAUUUCGAUGAAAUAUGGUUUGACAAUGUUUCUAUCAAUAGCCAUGCAAUUAACCGGUCAUGUGAGUCUUUGGAAAGGCAAAUCAAAUGUUUGGAUACCGAUCAAAAGAUUGAAGCUCUUCUCAAAACAAUUCGUGUAAUUGAUUUGACCACUUUGGCUGGAGAUGAUACCUAUGUUAAUGUUCAGCGUUUGUGCUAUCGUGGAUUGAACCCAUUAACGGAGCCCUUGUUGAAAAGGCUUGAAUCUUGUGGUUUUUGUGAUGAAAAUCUAACUGUCGGUGCUAUCUGUGUGUAUCCAUCGCGCAUCAAAGAUUGUCAUGAAUCCUUCAAGAUGAUAAAGCCUUCAAAAGAUCCUUUGAAAAUUGCAUCCGUUGUUACUGGAUUUCCAUCGGGCCAAUAUGGAUUGGAUACACGUUUAAGUGAGAUUGGAUAUGCUCGAAAUUGUGGUGCUGAUGAGGUUGAUACAGUUAUCGACAGAUCUUUAGCUUUAAAUGGUGAUUGGAAAAAAGUUUAUGAAGAAGUGAAGCAAAUGAGACUUAAAGCUUCAACAAUGAAGUUGAAAGUUAUCUUGGAGGUUGGUGAGCUUGGUUCCCUAGCAAAUGUUUACAAAGCAAGCUGGGCCGCUAUGCUGGCUGGAGCUGAUUUUAUUAAAACAUCUACUGGCAAAGUUUCAGUUAAUGCUACUUUGCCCGUUGGUUUUGUCAUGACUCGAGCUAUAUAUGAAUUUUAUUCAACGACCGGUGUUAAAGUUGGCUUCAAACCUGCCGGUGGAUUAAGAACUGAUCAAGAUUGUUUUAAAUGGCUUAAGUUAAUUGAAAAUGAGUUAGGAGAUGAAUGGUUAUCACCUAAUUUGUUUCGCAUUGGAGCUAGUUCUCUUUUAAAUCAAGUUGAGAAAAGUCUAUUCAAAUUGGUAUUUGGUCGAGAACCGGCUUCAUGGGAACUUUCAUUGUAAUUCAAUAGAUUCGAUAGUGUUGAUGGAAACUCUGUCAAUAAAAUGUUAUUUUUCCGACUCUAAAACCAAGAAACUGUUAGCCUGUUCGUACUUCCAUGAUGAAUAAACAUAACCAAUUGACUUUCUUUACA